AUGACAAGACCAGCAUUGCAGCCUUACCAAUCUCUCAUAGAUACUAUUCCCAAAAAAGGCGUGAGUGAAGCAAACCUGGAUCAUAUCAUUUUCAAAAUCCACAGCAUUGCCGUGGAAGGCCUGAUCAAGGCAAGUCCAUACUAUGCUGAGGUCUCUGUUGUAGGCGAUGAUGAGAUUACAAAGUGGACUACUUGUGUGGAUAAACAAGGUGGCAAGAAUCCGAAAUGGAACAAGGAGAGGACGGUAAUGCUCAACAGGACUAAUGUGCAUCGAAACAAUGUAUAUGUUGUGGUGAAGAUAUAUGAGAAAGGGAUUGUUUUGGACAACUGUGUCGGAGAAGUACGUGUCCCUGUUGGCGAAAGGAUCGACUAUGAGACUGAGAGAUUCACACUUGUAAGAAGUAAGUUUCAGGUCAAGAAGGCCAGAGGGGCAAUAAAACUUGCUUGUCAGAUUGAGGCAGUUCAAGUGACUGCUGAAACUCACGAGGUUGUCGUUGCUUCUCCAGCUCGAUCCGCUAAUGCUAAACCAGAAGAAAUCUUUAACUCUUCCGUUGAUGACGUUGCUGCAGUUUUUGCCCACCAAGCUGCUCCUGCUCCAGCUCCAGCUCCAGCUUACGCCCACCAAGCUGCUCCUGCUCCUGCUGCUACGGCUUUCUCUGGAAUGACUGCACAUAACCUAUCAUAUGAGCCGGCUCCCUACUCUCAAGUUCCCCCUGUUCCACCUUCGCCAGUAAGUUUUUCUUCGCCUGUUAAUUAUCAACAAGGUGCCCCAGGCUUCUGGUAUCCACCACCACCACCACCUUAUUACCAGCCUAUGCCGCAACAGCCCACGAGGCUGAAUGAUCUAGGAGUUGGUGCAUUUGCGCCCCUAGUUAUGAUGGCUGCUAAUACGUUCGGAACAUCACUUCCUGAUGUGGUUUCAUCAGACUUCUGGUCAUCAUUUGGUUGA